UUUGUUAUAUUUUACUAUUUUAAUUAAAAUAAAAUUAACUUUAAGCGCAACUGUCUUGGUAAUUUUUCAGACGGAAGUAAAAAUAUGGAAAUGUUUUCGUACGAUGGAUCACAUUUACAUUACGGGUAAACUUUCGGUACAGAAUAAAGGCGUCGCUGGGCUGAGGACUGGUAAUGACCCUCCGCACCCCGCGCCGCCGCAUCUCGCCCCGCACCAAGCGACGGUACCGGGCCAUAAAGGAUUUCUUGCGACGGGCUUUAGGUAGUUCGUCACAGCCUGACAUCAAAAUAAAUUCCAGUAUAGCGAUAAAUGUCUCAGAUUUAAAGCACAAGAUAGUGGGCAUAGAGCAGCAGCUCAGCGAAGUGAACAAGCAUUGCCGCGAUUUAGUCUGCCUCGAGAGCAGCUCCAGGAAAGACUCGGAGACACUGGUGUCCGCCGCCGACCGACAUGAACUCUCUUCGUUGAAAGAACAAACUGAAAUAUCAUCCACCAAACACGGUCACGGGGCUGAAACUAAACUAUUGUAUAAAACAUCCGAAAGCCAUUACAGAAAGUCUGAUGACAGCGACUCUUUUGGCAAAGUUUAUCAUGACUCCAAAGGCAAAGACGUAAAAGUUGCCGAUGACAUGGCAGCUCAAGGUUAUUAUAGAGAACCAAAAAUAAAGAAAAAAAAGAGCAAACUAGACAACAGAUUAAACACAAAGGAUGACAGCAAUCCCAACCUACGGAAACGCAAGACACGUUCGGUAUAUGAAAAUUUUGUGUCGUCCUAUUCUACGAGCUAUCAUUCCCUCAUUGACCCUCGGUCUGGUCAACGUAAGAACUCCCGGGAUGCUGAACGUUGUUACGAGGAAGACUAUGUCGAAGAAUACGUCCAACCUGUUCCCGUAGAAACAAAGGUCAGGAAACACAAAGAUUCGAUUAGACGCAAUAAUCCUGACAGGGCAUAUUAUGACCAUCAUGAAGGGCGACACAGAAACAAACCGAAGAGAAAUGCAACUAGAGACUUAGACCAGGAAUUCAUUGCAGAUAUUAUUAAACGACAGUACAGACCUAUGAAAAUGUUUGGCCACCGAGAAUCAGAGAUAAGUCAGUUUUCAGCACCUGUUUGUCGGGACCAGGAAUUUUCGCUCCGCGAAAACAUUCAGGAAGGUUCAGAAUUAUGUUCUUGCUGUAUUGAUGGCCAUAAAAAAUCUAGAUAUGAGAACGAACAUGAACUCAACGAUAUGCAUAGCAUAUGCGACACCCGCCUUUAUAGUUCCAAACGAAACACACGUCAUAGGCAUAAUCGAAAACAUACAGAUAUUUACAAUGAUUCUACACAAUACGAUAUUGUACCUGUAAAAGAAAAAUCGAGUCCUAAGUCAAGAAGAAAGUUUACAGCUGAAUCCAUGACACCUUAUGGAUAUUAUAAAGAAGUUCCGCCGUCUCCUCGAACACAAAGGCCACGUUUAAAUUUAAAAGCCCAAUAUUUCGAUGAAUUUGAAGAUUACAUAUUAUACAAAAAACAAAGAAAUUGUUCACUUAAAAGGUCUAAGAAAAAUCCAGAUCAAUCUGAUCAUUACGUAACUAACGAAUCAUCAGAAGUGGUAGAUACUCAUAAAGGUAAACAAAAAUGUAAAUCAUCCAAAAAUCACCCCAAUGAUAACCAUAUUCAGCAAGAUGCAGGUACAAUGAGUAGUCUGCAAUCACCAAUUUAUAAUACCGAGGCAAUCAACAUGACGAAUGAUAGCGCAUUUAACAAAACCCAAGAAACUGAUUCAUCAACGGAUAAAACAGACAAAGCCUUAAGCGAAAUCAAAGACAUUCUUCAGUGUUUCCUUCAAGAAAUAAAAAAGGAAACAACUGUAUCGCAAUGUGAUAAUUCCGAUAUAACUAAAACUGGUGAUAAAUGCCUUAAUGAAUUUCGUCAGGAUAGUGCCAAAUUGAAUGCAACAAUGAUGCCGAACAGUGGCCACAGCGUAAACAACUACAGUAUGCCACAAUGUAGCAUUCCAUCUCCUUUUAUGCCUCCAUUUGCAAGUCCAUGUUGCUAUCCUGUGCUUCCCGUAUGCCCAAUGAAUUGCGUACAAAACGGUUAUAUUAUGCCCAGUCCAAGUUACACUUGCGCAUCGUGCACGAAUAAUGCUAAAGAAGACGAUUUUCCUAAGAAUUCCCAAUCACCAAAGGAAUCUGCUAAUAAUAUCAAGAACAAUGAGACCGACGAGCUGAUCAAAGAGAUUUAUAAAUUCGUCACCCAAAGCCCAACUAGCAGUCGACGGAAGGAUAUCCGCGAGAAGUCUGGCAUUGAGCCAGCAAAAACUAACGACACCAAAAUGCUAACAUCACGGAGUGUUGGUGGAAGUUCAAAACUUUCCAAACACGAUGCCCAAGUUGAAACUCGGAAGAUUAAGUGCUAUUCCAAAAGUUGUGAGGCCAUAGGCUCCAGGUUUUUGUCAGAUACUUCAUAUAGUCGGACUAACCCUAGUUACUCAGAUACCAUCCUUGAGAGGCUCAGUCUUGAAGCGACUGCGACAGGAUCCGAGUCAGAAUUUAGCAGUGAAUCCAAUACGGUUAAAAAGCCAAAGAAGAACAGAUUUGCAAAGGUGUUGCGAUCUUUUGGCCUAUUCAAAAAGAAAAAGGAUGUUAUAGAAGAACUAAGCGAGAGCGAGAGCACUAUGGAAGUCGAAGUGAAUGCCAAAAAGCCACCUUUCCGCCAAGAAGUUCUCAACUAUAUGGUGCAUCAGCAGGACUACUACAAUAGACCACCACAGCCAAGCACUCACUACCCACCACCGCCAGAGUUCCCUCACUCUUACGGCUGCCAUGCUGGCUGCCCAGAUCACCUUAAUCAUGUAAAUCCAAUGCAAGCUUCAUAUGACCAUCAUUACCACGCUCAAGAACUGCAACACCAACGGGAAGCUGCUGCCAAUUAUGCGUCUAAACAUCAUCGCCCUUCAGCUCCUCCUUACCCACAUCCUUAUGAGGGACAUCAACACCAUACUCAUAACCAACCCCAAGUCCCAUUGUGUCUAAAAGAGAUAGAGGUAAAAAGUAUAGGAACGCAGAGCGAAAGGAAGAUGACAUUCUUCAAAAAGUUCUCCAAGAAAGUGCAAGGGCCUACGUACCCAGUCACACAGAAACAUGAUCAGCAAAGGACCGGAACCACCCAAACGGCUAAGGAUAGUAAUAAAAAUAACAAUCGUCCCCCUCUUUUCAAUUGGAAGAACUUACAGGCCAAGGUGAACCAACUUGACAACCCACCAACGUUCUCCUAUAAGACUCAGAAACAACUAGCUGAAGGAGACAUUAAAAUGAGAAACGCGAUGCUGAAAAAGUUGUUCUACAAGAGGAAUCCUUUCUCUCCUCGGAAUUUGAUCGUGAGGACCCUUCUCGGGAAAGAUAAAUCAAGUUACGGCGAGCCCCCGAUGAUGUUCCGCCCCCGAAUGUUUUUCUAAGUGUGUUGUGAUGUUUAAAAAUAUGCCGUGUUAAGUAAAUGAAGUGAAAUUGUACGGUGCGUGUCUAUGUCCUGUAUUUACGUUAAAUGUUUUUAAGA